CCACAAGCAAAGUGUCAUAUUGUUCUAUUAUAAUCAAGAGAAGGCGGAAAUCUCUUGGGCCGGUAUCUUCAACAACUAAACUCACACUAAAACAAACUAGACUGAUAAAUAGAACCACAGCUAAGAGGAUUUUAAGUGAUCUGCCCAUUUAAGAAAUAAAUUGUAUACAUUUUUGUUGGUCUGUACGUUUUUUUGGUUGAUAUUCAGUAUUUUUACAUAUGCAAGAGCAGUUAGACAUCAUGUUUCUUGGCCAAAAAUGUCUUUAAGUUUGGCCCUCGGCAGACUUUAUACAAUAUUUACAUCCUUCUGUAUUGUUGUGAACUUUAAGAAAGGACACUGACGUGCGUAGCUCCGGGUAUUCACACAGCAACAUUUCCCUCCUGCCUAGAAGAUAUCUUCAGACUUUAUGGUUAUAAAUGUGAAAAGAGCAUUUUAAUGAUAAAUAAAGUCUGGAAGGUCAGUGUGUAAAACGCACCGAGUUGGAGUUGUAACAAGGUGAUGGUAUAAAGGAUGAAAUGCGCUGGAGGUUGUAUUUUUAUUUAUUCCACCAGAUGUAUAUUAAACUCACAUUAUCACAUUUCUCUGUAGAGCCGCUCCAGCGAGUCAAUUUCCCCCCAAAACUAUUUAUUUUCCCCUCAAAGCACUUUGCUGACUGUUUCUUUUUAGGAAGAGUUUCAUUUUUCAUUUGCAUUUAUCAACUGCGUUUGUGAGGAUUGGUCCAGCAGUUCAUGGCUCGAAUUCUGAUACACUAAUUAUGUAUCUAAAUCAGAACAAUUAUAUGACCAGGGGAAAAAAUCAACGGAGCAAUUAUAAUAAAUUAGGCCGUAAGCCGCCCAUGUGCUAUUUAGAACGUGCUAAAGAUAGAUAAUGAGUCCGCGGGGGCCCUUCACAAAUUUUCUGUUAUCAGGCAGCAACUCAAACAACAAUUUCAGCCAAUUAAGAGAAGUUGUUUGUUUAUGUGUUGGACAGAUUAAAAAAUGAAAAGGAACAAAGAAAAUUACCAGUACAUUAGAAGUUACUGAUUAAAACAUGGCAGCAUUACACUGCACAAAUGAUUUAGUUCUUAUCUGAUAUUUUAAAACAGCACAAACAUUUUCAACACAUUAGGCGAUUAAUUGAGUUUUGAAAUAAAAAACAACUGAGGAUGAGAUGUCUUCCUCUGUAACAGCCAAUCAAAGGUCAUUGUCAUGAUUUUGGGUUUGAUCGACAACUGUGUGCUUUGUUUUCAGACCAAUCGCUGACGAGGGAGGUGCAACGACACUUAAAAAGAGAGCUGGUUUGAUAAAUAUUCAGCAUUUCCACCCGACUCCGGAUCACUGAGCACAGAGGGACACUCAGCACUCAGCAACAGAUUUUUACAGACGUGUGACAGAAAUGAAGAACCUAAUUCUCCUUCUCAUUGCUGUGCUCAUGUCAACAACAACAAAAACAGGGGCACAAGAGGUGCAGGUGGUGUACGCUGAGGUGGGACAGACGAUCACCUUGAAGGCUCCAGACGGGUUACCUUCAAGCAAUUAUUUGUACUGGUUGUUGAAAAUAGAUGAUGCGAAACCGCUAGCCUGGCGCAAUAGCUUAGGUGGAAAGCAAAUCAAUGAGCACUGGAAAGACAAGUUGGCCCUUAAUGUUGACUCACUGGUUAUCCAAAAUAUCCGACAAGAAGACUUCAGGAAAUAUGUCUGUAAAGUGACUUUGAAUAGUGGAACUCACUCCACCAUCACAUAUGAAGUGGUCAAACUCACUGUGAGAAUGAACCCGCCCUCUCAUCUGCUGCAUGGGGAGACUCUGUUUCUGUCCUGCGCCGUGGAGACUCGUCCAGGUCCAGAGAUACACUGGCUGAAUCCCCACGGAGAGAAAAAGUAUAGUCAACUUACCAUAAGAGCAACGAGCCAGGACAAUGGCCUGUGGACCUGUGUUGUGAACAACAAUAACAGGGCCCAAGUUUCUGUUACAGUUCUGGAUCUUUCCCCGGCUCCUUCAGGUCCUCUGUAUACAUCUAAAGCCCGGCCUCUCAACGUCCCCUGUUCCCUUGGUCCUAAAAUCACCUGGGAACAACUCAGAGCUAAGAACCUCACAGAAGUUUUCUGGCAGUUCUUCCCUAAACCAGACUCGCCUCCACAGACUCUCUUCAACCUCUCUCUGAAGGAUCUGACCUGGAAGUCAGACCAAAACUUUGGACUGCGUCCUGUUCCAGACGCUAAAAAACAAAGUCUGUCUUUGACCACAUCCCGAGCAAAAGAAGAAAACAGAGGAGAUUAUGUGUGUGCCCUGAAAUUUCCAAAUGGUAUGACUCUAAAGAGGACUGUGCACGUAGAGGUGCUGGAAAUCACCUCCUCCCCAGGAACAGAGGUCGUUUCUGGCCAGCAGCUCAACCUGACGUGCAGCCUCGGCCACCGGCUGCCCUCUGGCCUGCGACUCAAAUGGAUCCCGCCUUCAGGCCGGUCCCUGCCGUCUCUCACACCUGACCGUCACCCCGACCAUAUCACCAUCCCGGAAGCGGGGAAGGGAGAUGGCGGGAAGUGGAGCUGUGAGCUGUGGCAGAACGGCACCCGGCUGACGUCGACUGAGAUCACUGUGAAGAUCGAACCCAAACUGAGCGUGUGGAUGCUGGUGGUCAUAUGCAGUGUCGCCGCCAUCGUCAUCCUCGUCCUCAUCCUCUCUAUCAUCCUCUACCGACGCAGACAACGGAGGAUGGGACACCUCAGGCGUCAACUCUGCCAGUGCAAAACCCCCAAGCCCAAAGGCUUCUACAGAUCGUAAUAUCACCCACAAAGACAUUUUCAAGAGGACAUCGCAAACAAAUUGAAUUUCUGCCCAGAUAAGAUGGAUUUUUCUGUCAUGUCUACUUAACUGUGAAGAUCUGUUAAAUGAGGGUCUGAAAAGUUUGCAACAAAGUUCAGUUUGAAGACUAAAAUGUAUAUUACAGUUGUACAUAUCAGCCGUUUUGGAAUCAUGUAAUCUUACGGGGGUAAUUUCUAUCAUCCUAAGGUGUUUUUUGGGGACAUUUUAGGGACUUUUCUAUUCCACAGAAUUGCUCUUUGUUCCAUUUAAUUGUCAAUUUAAUUUUAUUGUUUGUGAUCAUUGCUGUUAAUUGUUUCUGUUAAUCUCUUUUAUCCACAUUGUUUUUUAUAUUUGCCUUGAUGUAUAAUAUAUAUUUUUUAUGAUAGGCUUGGUAACUUGCUUUUAUAAAUAUUUUUUUUAUGAACAUAUAUUGGUACUUAAUAAACAAAUGAGGACAUUUCAAUACUUAAAACAAAUGU